ACACCGUUUUAGCGCUUCUUUUCAAUUUUCAAUCUCAGAAAAGAUUUGAGCAGGAAGAGAGAUUGAAAGUUUAGAGAGAGAAAGAGAGAUUCUAGAGUGAGAAGAAGUUUCUGCUGAAAUGCUCAAUCUUAGAGAGUGAGGGAGAGGGCCAGUCGCUUGGGCUUCUAGGGUUUCGAUUGCCGAAUUCUGAAUUUGAUCCCGCAGAAUCACUACCCACUGAUUCAGAUCUCCUCCUUCCAUAAGGUUCUCUUUGAAUUCAUCGUCCUCUUCUUCUUCUUCCAAGUCCGUAGAUUUCCAGGUAACCUGGUUCUUCUAGUCGGAGCAGCGAGGAAGAAAUGCGCUUAAAAGAGAUAUGCUUGGAAGGGUUCAAGUCGUACGCGACGAGGACUGUGGUUCCGGGCUUCGACCCCUUCUUCAACGCCAUAACGGGGCUCAACGGCUCCGGAAAGUCCAACAUUCUCGAUUCCAUCUGCUUCGUUUUGGGCAUCACUAACUUGCAGCAGGUCAGGGCUUCCAAUCUCCAAGAACUUGUCUACAAGCAAGGACAAGCCGGUAUUACCAAGGCCACCGUCUCCAUCGUCUUCAAUAACUCUGACCGCAGCCGAAGUCCCCUUGGCUACGAGGGCCAUUCCGAGAUAACGGUCACUCGUCAGAUUGUGGUUGGUGGAAGGAACAAGUACUUGAUAAAUGGGAAACUUGCCCAGCCUAGUCAGGUCCAGAAUCUUUUUCAUUCUGUGCAGCUCAAUGUGAAUAACCCGCAUUUUCUCAUUAUGCAAGGGCGCAUCACCAAGGUUUUGAACAUGAAACCCCCUGAGAUUUUGUCCAUGCUUGAAGAGGCUGCUGGGACAAGAAUGUAUGAGACGAAGAAAGAUGCUGCUUUGAAAACUCUUGAGAAGAAGCAAAGUAAGGUUGAUGAGAUUAAUAAGCUUCUUGACCUGGAAAUACUGCCUGCUUUGGAAAAGCUGAGGAGAGAGAGGACGCAGUAUAUGCAAUGGGCUAAUGGUAUUGCCGAGUUAGACCGGCUUAAAAGGUUUUGCAUUGCGUAUGAAUAUGUUCAAACGGAGAAGAUUAGAGACAGUGCAUUAAGUGAUGUGGAGCAAGUGAAGGCCAAAAUUGGUGAGAUCGAUGAAAAUACAGGAAAGAUGACGGCAGAAGUACAGGAAAUGGAGACAAAAAUGAAGGAGAUAACUGCUGAGAAAGAAGCCAGUAUGGGUGGAGAAGUUAAAAAUUUGUCAGAUAAAGUAGAUGCUCUAUCUCAGGAUCUUGUUAGGGAAGUUUCUAUACUGAAUAAUAAAGAGGAUAAUCUCAAGACUGAAAAUAAAGAUGCUGAAAAGAUUGUUAGAAACAUUGAAGAUUUGAAGCAAUCUGUAGAAGAGAGAACCACCGCUGUGAAAAGGGCUGAAGAUGGGGCAGCUGAUCUAAAGAAGAGGGUCGAGGAUCUUUCUCAGGGUCUGGAGGAGUUUGAAAAGGAAUACCAGGGUGUACUAGCUGGGAAAAGUAGCGGGAAUGAGGAGAAAAGUCUAGAAAAUCAGCUGUCUGAUGCUAAGGUAGCUGUUGGGAGUGCUGAAACAGAACUGAAGCAACUAAAAACCAAAAUAAGCCAUUGUGAAAAGGAGUUGAAAGAGAAAACACAUCAGCUAAUGUCAAAGCGUGAAGAAGCUAUCUCUGUAGAGAACGAACUCAGUGCUAGGAAAAAAGACGUGGAGAAUGUUAGAGCGGCUCUAGAGUCUCUUCCAUAUAAGGAGGGCCAGAUGGAAGCUUUGCAAAAGGAUCGUGCAUUGGAGUUUGAGCGGGUGCAGAAGUUGAAGGAUGAAAUUCGAAAUCUUUUGGCUCAAUUAGUAAGCGUUGAGAUCAAAUAUCGUGAUCCUGUGAAGAACUUUGAUAGGUCAAAGGUGAAAGGUGUAGUUGCGAAACUUAUCAAAGUGAAGGAUAGCACCACAAUGACUGCAAUAGAGGUAACAGCUGGCGGAAAGUUGUUUAACGUUGUUGUGGACACAGAAAAUACUGGGAAACAACUUCUUCAGAAUGGUGACCUUCGAAGGCGAGUAACUAUCAUACCCUUGAACAAAAUACAGUCACACACUGUUCCAGAAAGGGUCCGACAAGCAGCUGUUAGAUUGGUUGGAAAGGAGAGUGCAGAAUUGGCGCUUUCUUUGGUUGGUUAUGAUAAGGAAUUGAAGAGUGCGAUGGAAUUUAUUUUUGGUUCUACCUUUGUUUGCAAAAAUGUUGAUGCUGCAAAGGAGAUUGCUUUUAGCAGGGAAAUUCGCACCCCAAGUGUCACCCUUGAAGGUGAUAUAUUCCAGCCCAGUGGCCUUUUGACCGGUGGAAGCCGCAAGGGUGGAGGCGAUCUGCUACGACAACUUCAUGAUCUGGCUGUGGCUGAGGAAAAACUUUCCACACAUCAGAAAAGAUUGACUGAAAUUGAAGGAAAGAUUGCUGAGCUUUUGCCUCUUCAGAAAAAGUUCACGGACCUCAAAUCACAGUUAGAGCUUAAGUGGUAUGAUCUUUCAUUAUUCCAGGGAAGGGCUGAGCAAAACGAGCACCAUAAGCUUGGUGAGUUGGUAAAAAAGAUGGAGAAGGAGCUUGAAGAAACAAAAUCUGCUGCGAAAGAAAAGGAACUCUUGUACAAAAAUUGUGUAAAUAAAGUGUCAGUGCUUGAGAAAUCAAUCAAAGAACAUGACAACAAUCGCGCGGGUAUGCUUAAAGAUUUGGAGAAAAAGAUCAAGGCAACAAAAGCUCAAAUGCAGUCAUCUAUGAAGGAUCUAAAGGGGCAUGAAAAUGAAAAAGAGAGGCUUGUUAUGGAAAUGGAAGCAGUUAUUGAGGAACGUGCGACUUUGGAGACCCAAUUAUCUUCAAUGAGAGCACAAAUCAACAUUCUCACGACAGAAGUAGAAGAACAGAAAGCCAAGGUUGCUUUGACUAAAAACACUCAUGACAAGGUACAAUCUGAGCUCGAUCUGAUCCGUAUGAAGAUGAAAGAAUGUGAUUCCCAAAUCAGAAGCAUUCUUAAGGAGCAACAAAAACUUCAACACAAAAUUAGUGAAACAAGUCUUGAAAGGAAGAAAUUGGAAAAUGAGGUAAAGCGAAUGGAAAUGGAACAAAAAGAUUGUUCUACAAAGGUUGAUAAAUUGAUUGAGAAGCAUGCCUGGAUUGCUUCUGAGAAACAGUUAUUUGGAAAAAAUGGGACCGAUUAUGAUUUUGCGUCUCGUGAUUUGUCUAGAGCAAGGGAAGAACUUGAGAAAUUGCAGGCUGAACAGUCGGGCCUUGAGAAAAGGAUCAACAAGAAAGUAAUGGCAAUGUUUGAGAAAGCAGAAGAUGAGUACAAUGACUUAAUGUCCAAGAAAAAUAUCAUCGAGAAUGACAAAUCUAAAAUCAAGAAGGUGAUUGAAGAACUGGAUGAGAAAAAGAAGGAAACGUUGAAAGUUACCUGGGUCAAAGUUAACAGUGACUUUGGAUCUAUCUUUUCCACCCUUUUACCUGGCACCUCGGCAAAGCUAGAACCUCCUGAAGGGGGCAGCUUUCUAGAUGGCCUUGAGGUUCGUGUCGCAUUUGGUGGAGUAUGGAAACAGUCAUUGUCAGAACUAAGUGGAGGCCAACGGUCUCUGCUUGCACUUUCUCUAAUCUUGGCAUUGCUUCUCUUUAAACCCGCUCCUCUUUAUAUAUUGGAUGAGGUUGAUGCAGCUCUUGAUCUAAGCCACACCCAGAACAUAGGAAGAAUGAUCAAAGCUCAUUUCCCACACUCUCAGUUCAUCGUAGUUUCGCUGAAAGAAGGCAUGUUCAAUAACGCUAAUGUUCUCUUUCGGACAAAAUUUGUGGACGGUGUUUCCACAGUUCAGAGGACAGUUGCAGCUAAGCAGAACAAGUGACUGUGUUGUUGUUUGACAAUUGUUGUAGGCAUGUAAAUUUAUAGGAUGCCUUUUGUUUUAGUGUGUAUGAUUUGCAUACCUAUAGGAACUUAAUUAGCUGUAGGCCGUUGUUUCAAUGAAUCAUUGAAAGCACAAACCAAAUAUGUAAAAUCACAAAACAAGUGGUGCAUGAGUACUAGUGCGACUCUGCUAAGUUAUGAGUUUUAUUUU